AGACGCAUGGAGAACCCGGUCCCUUGUGAGCGUGAGGUGGAAGGGGACAUGUACGAGUCUGCCGACAGCAGGGGUAAGAAUUGCCACUUUCUGUAUAAGAAUUCCAGUAUGGAGGAGAAGAGAGGGUUUUUUUCUCAGGGUCCUCAGCAGCCCAACACUGUGGGACCUGGACAAGCCAUCCGGCCUCCGAAUGGGCAUGUUCCUAUGUCCUGUGUGCCAAAUCAGUCGAUGACCCGGAUGCACGUCCCUCAAGGGUUGGGCCAGUUCAGCCCCGUGACCAUGCAGAUGUCCCCGUCAGCGGUGGGAGCUCCUCGGUCUGCGUCCGGUAUGACCCACCCUCCUCAGAUGGGCAUGGGUACCGUUCCAGCGAUGGGCAUGUCUCCCUCCAGGUUUCCACAGGCACCAGCAAUGAUGGGAGGCCUGAACCAGACGGCGCUCCCUGGCUCAGACGGGGGUGUGUACGGGAACCAGGCUCUGCAGUCGGGACAGACGGAGGAGAAGGAACCAGAAGUGUCCAGCACCACACCAUCCAGUCAAUCUGCCCAGUCACGCAAGAAAUUCUUCAAAGCGGAGGAGCUCAGACAGGCGCUGAUGCAAACACUAGAAGCUCUGUAUCGUCACCCAGAGUCCUUGCCCUUCCGCCAGCCGGUGGAUCCCACUGCACUCGGCAUCCCGGACUACUUUGACAUUGUAAAGAACCCAAUCGACCUUUCCACCAUCAAGAGGAAGCUGGACACCGGGCAGUACCAGGAGCCCUGGCAGUAUGUUGACGACAUCUGGCUGAUGUUCAAGAACGCCUGGCUCUACAACCGCAAGACAUCUCGAGUGUACAAGCACUGCUCGAAGCUGGCCGAGGUGUUCGAGCGGGUAAUUGACCCCGUCAUGCAGGGUCUGGGAUACUGCUGUGGACGCAAGUAUGAGUUUUCACCUCAGACACUUUGCUGCUAUGGGAAACUGCUCUGUACCAUCUCCAGAGACGCCACAUAUUACAGCUACCACGACAGGUAUCACUUCUGUGAGAAGUGCUUCAACAAGAUUAAAGACACUGUCACCCUGGGAGACGACCCGGCCCAGCCGCAGACGUAUGCAUCUUCUGCUGCCCAGAAGGCUUUGAGUGUGAUAUCAAAGGAGCAGUUUGAGAAGAAGAAAAAUGACAUGUUGGACCCUGAGCCCUUUGUUGAAUGUAAAGACUGUGGUCGGAAGAUGCAUCAAAUCUGCGUACUGCAUUAUGGCGUCAUCUGGCCAUCAGGUUUCACCUGUGACAACUGCCUGAAGAAGUCCGGGAAAACAAGAAAGGAAAACAAGUUUUCUGCUAAAAGCUUGCAGAGCACGAGACUGGGCUCGCACAUCGAGGACCGAGUGAAUAAGUUCUUGAAGAGGAAGAAACACACCGAGGCUGGAGAGGUGUUUGUUCGGGUGGUCGCCAGCUCUGAUAAGACCGUGGAGGUCAAACCUAGGAUGAAAUCCAGUCAGUUAGAUGUGUUUUGGUUGACGGAACUGCAGUUCCAGGAAUAUGGAUCUGAUUGUCCCUUUCCUAACACCAGACGGGUAUACAUUUCAUAUCUGGACAGUGUUCACUUCUUCAAGCCUCGAGAGCUAAGAACUGCAGUUUACCAUGAAAUCCUCAGCGGCUAUUUGGAGUAUGUUAAGAAACUUGGGUAUGUGACUGCUCAUAUCUGGGCCUGUCCACCUAGAGAAGGCGACGACUACAUCUUCCACGCUCACCCUCCUGAUCAGAAGAUUCCCGAGCCUGAAAGACUGCAGGAGUGGUACCGCAAAAUGCUGGACAAAGCCCGUGCAGAAAGCAUCAUCCAUGACUACAAGGACAUAUUUAAGCAGGCCACAGAGGACCGGCUUCCAAGUGCCUGCAGGCUGCCCUAUUUCGAGGGUGAUUUUUGGCCCAAUGCUCUGGAGGAAAGCAUCAAGGAGCUGGAACAAGAGAAGAAGUGGAAGAAGGAGAAUAUAGCCUCCUCUGAGACAACAGAGGGAACCAAAGCUGACAGCAAGAAUGCCAAAAAGAACAAUAGAAAGACCAACAAAAAUAAGAGAGCCGUGAGCCGUGCAAAUAAAAAGAAGCCUGGGAUGCCAAAUGAUGAUCUGUCCCAGAAGCUAUAUGAAAAAAUGAAGAAGCACAAAGAGGUCUUCUUCGUGAUCCACCUGCAUGAUGGUCCAGUGAUCAACACCUUGCCUCCAAUAACGGAUCCUGAUCCCCUGCUGACCUGCGAUCUGAUGGACAGCCGUGAUGCCUUCCUGACACUGGCCCGGGACAAACACUGGGAGUUCAGUUCCCUACGCCGCAGCAAAUGGAGCACUAUGUGCAUGCUGGUGGAGCUACGCAAUCAGCGCCGAUCUGUGUACACUUGCAGCGAAUGCAAGCACCACGUAGAGACACGCUGGCAUUGCACCGUUUGCGAGGACUUUGAUCUGUGCAUUAACUGCUACAACUCCAAGGGCCAUGAGCACCAAAUGGAGAAGUGGGGUUUGGGCCUAGACGACGACAGCAACCAGGGCAGUGAGGCCAACAAGAGCCCACAGGAGAGUCAACGCCUCCGCAUCCAUCGCUACAUCCAGGCACUGCUGCAUGCCUGCCGGUGCCGCAACGCCAACUGCUCUCUGCCAUCUUGUCAGAAGAUGAAGAGAGUGAUGCAGCACAUCCGGGGCUGCGAGCGCAGGAUCAACGGAGGCUGCUCUGUUUGCAAGCAACUCAUCAUGUUGUGCUGGUACCAUGCCAAGCACUGCCAGGAGAACAAUUGCCCCGUGCCCUUCUGCCUCCGUAUCAAGCACAAUAUCCAGCAGCAGAUUCAGCAGCAGGCGCACAUGGCACUCAUGCAGGGCAGAGGAAUGCCGCCCAGUCUGCCCUUCCCAACUACCUCAGGAGGUCCGGGGACACCCAACUCUCAGCAGCUGCAGCUGCAGCAGCCUAAUACACCUCAGACCUGGCAGGCAUUAGCCUACCAGCCCCAGCAGAUGCAUCUGAAUGUGGCUGCAAUGGUGCAACCCUUCCCCAACCAACCACCUACAUUCGGGUCGCAGGGUAAGUCAGGCCCGCAGUCCUUGCCUCUGCCCCAGCAGCAGUCUCCCCUGCCUAUGCCACCUCAACAGCAGCCGCAGCCCUAUCUGCAGCAGCAGCAGGCUUUGAAGGUUGCAAAACAAAUAGAGAUGACCAAAGUUCAGCAGCAGCAGCGAGACAACAGGAUGAACGUGAAUGGCAUGCAGAUGAACCAGCCUCGCAUGAUGAGUCCCAUGCAGAUGAUGGCCCCUCGUGGCCCUCAGAUGGUUCAGAACAUGCAGCCUGGCCAGUGGCCAGCUGGGAUGAAAGGGUCCAUGCAGAAUCCACAGGCACCUCCGAAGCAGCAAGUGCCGCCGCAGCAGAUGGCCAUGGCCCCGCAGCAGUCUCCGGUAGCGCAGAUGCUGCAACAGGCACAAAUGAUGCAGAUGCAGGCCGUCAUGCCUCCCCAGCAGGCACACCCACAGGCCCCGCAGCAGCAAGGCAUGCAGCAAAGAGGGUUGGCCAGCAGCAUUGCUCCAGGAGUGCCGCAGGACCUGCUGCGCUUGUAAAAAUCGCCAAGUUCCCCUCAGCAGCAACAACAGGUCCUCAAUAUCCUCAAAUCGACCCCGCAAAUCACGGCUGCGUUUAAGAAAUGGCACUUUUCCACUGCACGGUACGGCUUGACACCGCUCAGAUCAGCUCAGUUUGCGUCAAGUCAAGUCACCUUUAUUUAUGUAGCGCUUUUACAAUACAGAUUGUGUCAAAGCACUUAACAGUAUCAAAUUGGAGGAUAGAGUGUCAGUAAUGUAUAAUGAUCAGACUAAACACUCAGUUUUCAGUUAAAGGCAUUUCAUUAUUGAAUUCAGAGAUGUCAUUGUCCAGCUCAGUUUAGUUUAAAAGGUAUCUGUGCAAUCAAAUCGGCGAUAAUCGCUAGAAAUGAAGUGCACUGCGUUACCACUGCAGUUUAGUAGCGCUUUAGAGUGCAGCUCCAGCACUCGCCCCUGCACUCCGGCGCGUCCCACCCCAGCCUGACGGGACCAUGCCAGGCUUACCUGUGCACUUUACUUUACCUGUGUCUAUUUAUAUUUACAUGUGUGUUUUUUUUUUAUUUUUAUUCUUCUUAUUUUUGUCAGUGUGUUGUUGUUGCAUACUUGGCAAUGAAGCUCUUUCUUUUUUCAGAUUCUGAUUCUGAUACGUAACACAAUGGCAAGUGGCAAUAUUGGAUACAUAUCUAGUUGUUUCUCCUAUUUUCAUUCUUCCUCAUUCACUUUGAAUGGCUGUGGAACCCCACAAGUGUGACUUUGUGCCUUUUAUUUAAAAAAAAAUAAUUUCUUUUUUUUUUACAAAAUAAAAGCAUUUCCAAGCAAACUUCCUGAUUAAACAUUAAAGCACACUAGUGUG